AUGGUGUUACUGUCUAUCUCUCUCCGUGCCAUCAUUUUAGCACUCGCUAUAGCUACAACACUAGCAGCUCCAUCUGACGUCCAAGGUCCACUUCAACAAUUAGCAAUUGGAAAUCAACAACUAACGUCAAAUGUAUACAAAGAAAUUCUUAAAACUAAGAAUGGAAGUAUUAUCUUCAGUCCUUUUUCUGCUGAAACCGUAUUAGCGCUGACCUCUGAAGGAGCGAAAGGUGACACUAGAAGCCAGCUAAUAUCUGCACUACACCUUCCAGAAUCACAAGAGACUAUCCAACAAGGAUUUAAGGAACUUUUACCACAACUGAAUAUCAAUAAUGAGUACGCAGUAUUAGCUUCAGCUAAUAAAAUAUAUGUAGCCAACGGUAUCAAGCUAGAAGACGAUUUUAAAAAGACCGCUGAAAGCAUUUACGCAUCAGGACUGGAACAAGUAGAUUUCUCAAACAGUGCAAAGGCAGCCAACAUAAUUAACCAGUGGGUGGAAAGCCAAACAAACAAAAAAAUUAAAGAUCUCAUUAAACCUGAGUAUAUUACCAGCGACACUAUAAUGGCUUUAAUUAAUGCAUUAUAUCUAAGCGCUGAAUGGUCUACAGUUUUUCAAGAUUAUAACACUGUAACAGAUAAAUUCUACAUAACAGCUUCCGAACAGAUAGAUCAACCAACCAUGGCAAUGACUGAAAUAUUUAAAUAUUCUGAAAACAAAGACCUCGACACUCAAUUUUUGGAAAUUCCGUUCAAAGCGAAUGGUCUUGUUUUUAGCGUUGCUUUACCCAACAAAAAAGAUGGCAUAGCUGCCUUAGAAAAUAACAUUGAAAAAGUAUUUGAACCUCAGCAAUAUACUCAUAAACCUGUACAUUUGAGGCUACCAAAAUUUACCGUUGAAACCGAGUUGAAUUUGAAAACCAUUCUUAAAUCGUUGGGUGUUCAAAAGCUCUUCAACUUUGACGCUGAUCUUAGUGGAUUGGCAAAGAACGCCAAAGAGUUACGUGUGUCAGAGGUAAUUCAAAAAGCUUUCAUCAAAGUUGGUGAAAGUGGCGUCGAAGCAGCGGCUGCCACUGCUGUUUUAGUUGAAACCAGGUCCGGACGUUUCUUCAUCGAAAACCCAAUCAAGUUUUUCGCCGAUCAUCCUUUCGUGUACUUUAUUAAAUAUAAUAAUGUUAUAUUGUUUGCUGGAAAGUACAGUCCUUAGGGUGCUCGUCACGACACUACAAUUGUUUGUAUAGUUCCAAUAAUUAACUUAUAAAUGUCAUAAUAUGAUGUGUUCUUUAUGUUAUAAAAUUAUAUUGACCUAAUAAAUAUAAAAAGCUCUUAUACUUUA